UUGAUAGAGAUCGGAUACGCUAACUCGCCACGUCCAAACCCAGCUCUUUCUGCAUGAACCCUUUAAUCUCUCUCUCUCUCUCUCUCUCUCUCUCUGCGCGCUGUGACGUGUGUUGCGUCUUGGGUUCUUCUUGAAGUGUCGCUUUCUUGAGGGAUCGAGCGAGAGCCAUCGAAGCGGAAGAGGGCCAUGAACGGGAAGCAGCAACAGGAGAUGGCCGAUCUCGAGGCCCAGACCCGGAAAGCCGACGAGGACGAUGGCGACGUGGGACUCGGACGAGGUUCGACGACCGCGACGACGACGUCAUGCAUCUUCAGCAGGUCCAGUAACCCCAUCACUCUCAAGUUUCACGACGUUGUUUACAAAAUAAAGAUCAAGAGCAGCGGCGGGAGGAUUCCUCGGAAGAGUACGGAGGCCGAAGAGAAAGUGAUCUUGAAUGGACUCACCGGCGUGGUUCGACCCGGCGAAAUGCUAGCAAUGCUCGGCCCCUCUGGAAGUGGGAAGACCACCUUGUUGACCGCCUUGGGAGGUCGACUUGCGGGCGGUCGCUUGGGCGGGACCAUUACCUACAACGGCAAGCCCUUCUCGAACUCGUUGAAGCGGAGCACUGGGUUCGUGACGCAAGACGAUGUCAUGUACCCUCACUUGACUGUGACCGAAACCCUAGUCUUUACCGCCCUCCUCAGGUUGCACAAGGGUUACACCAAAGAAGAGAAGGUCGUGCACGCCGAAGAAGUCAUUGCACAGCUCGGCUUGACCAAGUGCAAGAACAACAUCAUCGGGGGAGGCGGGUUCCUGAGAGGCGUGUCAGGAGGAGAGAGGAAGCGGGUCAGCAUAGGGCAAGAGAUGCUCGUAAACCCUAGCUUGCUGUUUCUCGAUGAGCCGACGUCGGGGCUCGAUUCGACCACGGCUCAGAGGAUCGUGUCAAAGUUGUGGGAGCUCGCGAAAGGUGGAAGGACGGUGCUUAUGACUAUUCAUCAGCCUUCGAGCAGGUUGUUCUACAUGUUUCACAAGGUGUUGCUCUUGUCCGAGGGAAAUUCCUUGUACUUCGGGGAGGGAACGAAUGUGAUGGAAUACUUUGCCGGCAUUGGAUUCGCGCCCUCCGUGGCCAUGAACCCUGCCGAUUUUCUCUUGGAUCUAGCGAAUGGCAUUGGAAUUGAUCCCGAGGAUGAAGAUAAAGAAAGCAAAAGCACGAUAAAGCAGACCUUGGCUUCAGCAUACAAGACCCAUCUGGAAGACGGACUGAAGCAAGAGCUUUGCGCGACCGGAGAUGGCUUCAUCGAGCAAGGACACGAGCACAAACACUCCGAUCGCUGGCCAACGACGUGGUGGCAACAGUUCACGAUCCUGCUCCGAAGAGGGGUCAAAGAAAGGAAGUACCAAUCCUUCUCCGGCAUAAAAGUCGGGCAAGUGCUGGUCGUCGCUUUCAUUUCCGGCUUAUUAUGGUGGCAAUCCGAGGCUUCCAAUUUGCAAGACAAGAUCGGGCUCCUCUUCUUCUACUCGGCGUUCUGGGGCUUCUACCCCCUCUUCAACGCCAUCUUCACUUUCCCGAAGGAGCGGAUGAUGCUCGAGAAGGAGCGGUCCUCCGGCAUGUACCGCCUCUCCUCCUACUUCAUGUCCCGCAUCGUCGGCGACCUCCCGAUGGAGCUCAUCCUCCCCACCGUCUUCGUCGCCAUCACGUACUGGAUGGCCGGGAUGAAGCCAACAGCCGGCAACUUCCUGUACACGCUCUUCGUGCUCCUCUACAGCGUGCUCGUGGCGCAGGGCCUCGGGCUGGCCAUCGGGGCCGUGGUCAUGGACCAGCAGUCGGCGACCAUCCUCGGUUCCGUGCUGAUGCUCACGUUCCUCCUCGCCGGCGGGUACUACGUCCAGAACGUGCCUCCCUUCAUCGCCUGGAUCCGGUACCUGUCGAUCAGCCACUACACGUACAAGCUCCUGAUGACGUCGCAGUUCAGGCCCGACGACACGUACCCGUGCGGCGGCGAUUCCUCCUGCUUGGUCGGCGACUAUCCGGGGAUCAAGGAAGUGGGGCUCGACGGGCAGGCCGUCUCGGCGGUUGCGCUAGGGAUCAUGUUCGUCGCGUACAGGCUCAUUGCCUACGUCGCAUUGAUGAGGAUCGGGAUGACCAAGAGAAGAAAGUAAGCAAAAAUAAAAAAAAUAAAAAUAAAUAAAAUAGAUUUUUUUAUCUUUCCUUCGUUUCUUUUUCACGUUGUAAUCUCCUGCCUUAUGCGAUGGAGUUGAAGAGCACGUACUCGUUGAUUUCUAAAUAUCUUACCAACAUUCCGUCGUCG